GCAGACUUGGGAGGACUAUAAACGGUAGGGGUGAUACCCAUUUGAGUCCACGAACGGCCCUCUCGGCGCCGCAGACACUGGCUGUCCCCCGAGACGCUCCAGCAGCCACUUAACUUCACCCACCCGCAGCGCCCGGAGACGCUCGAAGCCCGACCUCCCACGCCCGCCCCGGAGCCCCGCCCCUCCCGACCCCUCCCCGCCCCUCCCGACCCCUCCCCGCCCCUCCCGACCCCUCCCCGCCCCUCCCGACCCCUCCCCGCCCCUCCCGACCCCUCCCCGCCCCUCCCGACCCCUCCCCGCCCCUCCCGACCCCUCCCCGCCCCUCCCGACCCCUCCCCGCCCCUCCCGACCCCUCCCCGCCCCUUCCUGCCCUGACGCGCAGCAGGCCCCGCCCACCCAGGCGGUAGGAACCCAUUCCGGCCCCCUCGACCUGCUGCCAUGUCCCGGCCGCAGCUUCGACGCUGGCGCCUCCUCUCUAGCCCGCCGCGCGGCGUCCCAGGUCUAGCGCUGCUGGCGCUGCUGGCGCUGCUGGCGCUGCGGCUCGCGGCCGGGACCGACUGCCCAUGCCCGGAGCCUGAGCUCUGCCGCCCGAUUCGCCACCAUCGAGAUUUCGAGGUCUUUGUGUUUGAUGUUGGACAGAAAACUUGGAAAUCUUAUGAUUGGUCACAGAUUACAACUGUGGCAACAUUUGGAAAAUAUGACUCAGAACUGAUGUGCUACGCUCAUUCAAAAGGAGCCAGAGUAGUACUUAAAGGAGAUGUAUCCUUAAAGGAUAUCAUUGAUCCUGCUUUCAGAGCAUCCUGGAUAGCUCAAAAACUUAAUUUGGCCAAAACACAAUAUAUGGAUGGAAUUAAUAUAGAUAUAGAGCAAGAAGUUAAUUGUUUAUCACCUGAAUAUGAUGCAUUAACUGCUUUAGUCAAAGAAACUACAGACUCUUUCCAUCGUGAAAUUGAGGGAUCACAGGUAACCUUUGAUGUAGCUUGGUCUCCAAAGAACAUAGACAGAAGAUGCUAUAAUUAUACUGGAAUCGCAGAUGCUUGUGACUUCCUCUUUGUGAUGUCUUAUGAUGAACAAAGUCAGAUCUGGUCAGAAUGUAUUGCAGCAGCAAAUGCUCCCUAUAAUCAGACAUUAACUGGAUAUAAUGACUACAUCAAGAUGAGCAUUAAUCCUAAGAAACUUGUAAUGGGUGUUCCUUGGUAUGGUUAUGAUUAUACCUGCCUGAAUCUGUCUGAGGAUCAUGUUUGUACCAUUGCAAAAGUCCCUUUCCGGGGGGCUCCUUGUAGUGACGCUGCAGGACGUCAGGUGCCCUACAAAAUGAUCAUGAAGCAAAUAAAUAGUUCUAUUUCUGGAAACCUAUGGGAUAAAGAUCAGCAGGCUCCUUAUUAUAACUAUAAAGAUCCUGCUGGCCACUUUCAUCAAGUAUGGUAUGAUAACCCUCAGAGUAUUUCUUUAAAGUCAACAUAUAUACAAAACUAUGGCUUACGGGGCAUUGGCAUGUGGAAUGCAAACUGUCUUGACUACUCUGGAGAUGCUGUAGCCAAACAGCAAACUGAAGAAAUGUGGGAAGUCUUAAAGCCAAAGCUGUUACAGAGAUGAACACCUUUUGUGAAACCAUUAAGAGUUAGAAAAGUGAUCUGUAUAAACAGAUCUAGUUUCUUGCAUUUUUAUUAUGUUGCUAUAUACUUUUGUUAUUGGUAUACUAAAAAAUUAAAGAAUAAAUAAAUGUUUUGAUUGUUUGAAUUUGAAAAAUACACACGAAUGUCCUCAGUAUCCAGGAACAUAAAGGCAAGAAGCAAGUCAACUUACCUAUUAAAUAUUCCUCUAUUAGAUGAUUCAACACUAGAAUUUAAUUGGGAAAAAUUGCUUUCAGAAUUUUAUUAUGCCAUAUUUCCCUUCAUUAUUGUAAAAUAUAUGCUCACGAAUCAAUGCUAAUUUUUAAAAUAUAUAUAAUCUGAAGUGGAAAUUGUUUGCUUAGAGUUUUUAAAAACCUAGUCUUUGAAAAGCAGUUUGUGCUAUACUUUUCCCCCAACCCUCCAAUAAAUCUUAAAUUUAAAACCUA